AUGUCGCUUGAAGGUUGCGCGAGAGUCGCGCGACAUCCGCAACCGAUUCGUGGUUCACUUGUAGAAGAAUCUCGCAGUCUAUCGCCCCCUUUUACUACAAAGAGAUCCAACAAGAUGUCGUCUAUUCUCGCUUCGCUGGACAUGAGUCUGGACGACCUGAUCGCUCAAAAGAAGUCGAAGGCCUCCAACCCGGCCUCUCGCCCGGCCAAGGCCAACAAAGACAAGGAUGCGGCCGGUCCCAUCCGGAGCGGACGCCGACGCAACCGCAACCGUAACCAGCCAUACUCGCGAUCCCGCGGCGGUAACGAUGACGACAUGGACGUCGACCUAGAUGACACCCCGGACAGCGGCAACAACCGAGGCGGCAAGAAGCGCUCGGUGGUCGUCAAGAAGCCCGGAAAGGGUGGCAAGAAGGGCGGAUCGUCGAUCUUGUCGCGUCUCGGUGGCAAGGACGCGGCUAGUCCUGGCACCAAGAUUCUGGUGAAAAACCUCAAGUUCGAUAUCUUAGAGGAGGAGGUUCGCGAGCUCUUCGGCACGGUUGGUGAGGUGUCGAAGGCUGAGAUCGUGUACGACCGCUCUGGUCGCUCGAAGGGAAUCGCUCGUGUGUGGUUCGCCCGCCGCUCCGACGCAGACAAGGCCAUCAAACAAUACGAUGGACGUACGCUGGACGGUCAGCCGAUGCAGAUUGCGCUGGACUCUGACAAGAACGUUCGUAACGGACUCUUCGGCACUGCUCUUGAGCGCGACGACAAGGAUGUCAAGUUUAAGGUGUCGUUCGGAGGAGGCAACGACAACGAGCAGUCAAAGGGCCGCCGUAACAGACGCCGUGGACGCGGCAAUGACAGAGGCAGUCAGGGUGGUCGUGGCAAGGAAUCUGCUCCAUCCAAGACUGCCGAGGAACUGGAUAAUGAGAUGGACACGUACAUGAAGGACGCUUAG